AUGCCCUCGCUCCAAAUUCUUUUGAACGAGUCAUAUUCCCUCAUCUCUUUGUCCAUCGAUUCUUCAAUCCAAACCGAACUCAACCUUUCUGCGGUUGUGCUGUUGGCAUGUCUCAAUGAGUUGCAAUUGGAGUUAUUCAAGGAAACUGAUGUCAUAAUAUCGAAUGAAGCACCUAUGGCUCAUAAAAAUUACUUUGAGGCAUUGGAUAAAACACUCAAUGAUGUCAUGACCAAGAAGGGUCUUGGGAAUAAAAUCUUUGGUGGCAAAGUUGUUGUUUUCGAAGGAGAUUUCAGACAGAUUCUUCCAGUUGUUCCAAGAGCAGGGCAUUCUGAUAUUGUUCAUGCAUCAAUAUGCUCCUCUUAUAUUUGGGACUAUUGUCAGAUCUUAAAUGUUGGGGAUGGUAAGAUACCUGAACCAAAUGAUGGAUUGGUUGACAUAGAGAUUCCUCAAGAAUUAUUAGUUACCAAUUUCGAGGAUCCUAUAAAAGCUAUUGUUGAAAGCACAUAUCUCAAUUUGGUUCAUGUAUUCCAAGAUGUUGCAUAUCUACAAGGAAAAACGAUUCUUGCCUCAACCAUUGAAGUUAUGGAUAAAAUCAGAGAAGAGAAAGAGUAUCUUAGUUACGAUUCAAUUGAUAGAACUGAUACGAGUUAUAAUGAAGCUUAUGAAGUUCUAACUCCUGAAUUUCUUAGCAAACUAAGAACAUCAGGUCUACCAAAUCAUAGGAUCAAAUUGAAAGUUGGUACCCUCAUUAUGCUAAUGAGAAAUUUGGACCAAACUGAUGGAUUGUGCAAUGGAACAUGGUUAAUUGUUACAAGAUUAGCCAAUCACGUCAUUGAGGAAAAAAUUAUGUCUGGAAAGAACAUAGAGAGAUUGGAUGAUCUUUCAUCCAAAAUCGACGUCAUUGCUGAACAACUUGCAGCUCUCACCACCAACCCACCACCACCACCAACACUAACACCAAAUACAACCCCCACUCUCACCUACCCCUACCUAGAAUGA